CAGCAGCCAAUCAGCGCCGCCGCGGUUCCCGUUAUAAAGUCCCCACAGAGCGCCAGCCUGAGUCCCGCAACCUGAGGAUGGGGGUGAUGGCACCCCGAGCCCUGCUCCUGCUGCUCUCGGGGGUCCUGGUCCUGCCCGAGACCCGGGCCGGCUCCCACUCGAUGCGCUACUUCGACAUCGCGGUGUCCCGGCCCGGCCAAGGGGAGCCCCGCUUCAUGUCCGUGGGCUACGUGGACGACACGCAGUUCGUGCGCUUCGACAGCGACGCCGCGAGCCCGAGGGUGGAGCCGCGGGCGGCGUGGAUGGAGCGGGUGGACCAGGCGUAUUGGGACCGGGAGACACGGACAGCCAAGGGCAACGCACAGCCUUACCGAGUGAACCUGCAGACCGCGCUCCGCUACUACAACCAGACCGAGGCCGGCUCUCACACCUUCCAGAGGAUGUACGGCUGCGAAGUGGGGUCGGACGGGCGCCUCCUCCGCGGGUACACGCAGUGGGCCUACGACGGCGCGGAUUACAUCGCCCUCGCUGAGGACCUGAGCUCCUGGGUGGCGGCGGACACCGCGGCUCUGAUCACACAGCGCAAGUGGGUGGAGGCCGGCGUGGCAGAGCGCCACAGGGCCUACCUGGAGGGCACCUGUGUGGAGUGGCUCCGCAGACACCUGGAGAACGGGAAGGAGCAGCUGCAGCGCACAGACCCCCCAGAGACACGCGUGACCCGCCACCCCUUCUCCAAGGAAGAGGUGACCCUGCGGUGCUGGGCCCUGGGCUUCUACCCUGCCGAGAUCUCCGUGACCUGGCAGCGGGAUGGGCAGGACCUGACCCAGGACAUGGAGCUGGUGGAGACCAGGCCUGCAGGGGACGGGACCUUCCAGACGUGGGCGGCUGUGGCGGUGCCCUCCGGAGAGGAGCAGCAUUACACGUGCCGAGUGCAGCACGAGGGGCUGCCUGAGCCCCGCACCCUGACGUGGGAGCGGCCGCUUCAUCCCACCAUGUCCAGAGGAGUGGAAGUCAUCGCGGUCACUGCUGCCCUCCUCGGGGUGGUCCUCAUAGCGGUGGUGGCUGUUGGGAUGUGGAGGAGAAAGAGGGCAGGUGGAAAAGGAGCCAGCUAUGGCCCGGCUGCCAGCAGUGACCGUGCCCAGGGCUCCGACUCAUCUGUCAUGGCCUGAGAAGCCUCCUGAGUGCCUGGAUCACAGGCCAGCACAGCCAGGCCCGGCUGCAACUCCGUCUUCUUCUAGGCCCCUACCAAUAGCUUAGGCUGUGCCAGACUGCAGCACAACAAGCCCCCUGCCCGCAGUGCUCCAUGAAGCCCUGCAGAGCUUCCUGAUGAAGAUCAGAUGGCGUGGAGGACACACAGCUCCGGCCAAGGCCGCUUCCCGCUCUGAUCCCCACCUUGUUUCAAUCAAAGCCCUAAAACCACUUGCUGAGCAGUGGGGUUGCUGACUGCAGUAGUGCUGGGACCCCAAGUCCCCUGCUCUGUGAGUAACCCUAAUAAACUCAUGUGCUGGCCAC